CGAUAAGCCCAGCACUAUUUCGUAAGCAUUCUUCAAUAAUUUUUCGUUAUUUCAAGUACCUAAUUUAUUUAUCCUCUAUUUACCGAACGAUGAGUACCCGCGUAUUUGUCGGCGGCCUAAACCACAAAGUCCGCGAAAAAGAUCUGGAAAAAUUCUUCCGCCAUUACGGCCGUACGAAGGAGGUAGCGAUGAAAAAUGGCUACGCGUUCGUCGAGUUCGAGGACUACAGGGACGCCGAGGACGCCUGCUACGAAAUGAACGGUAAGGACCUUAUGGGCGAUAGAAUUACGGUAGAGAGGGCCCGGGGUACGCCGAGGGGUACCGACCGUUACAAGGACAACAGAAGGGGAAGCUACGGGGGCGGAGGCUCGCGCCCCAGAGAGCGAAGCGACCGCGGAGACCGGGACGGUCGUAGAGAGAGCAGAUACGGCCCCCCUACCAGGACCAAGUUCCAAGUGAUCAUCGAAAACCUCUCAAGCCGUUGCUCGUGGCAAGACCUGAAAGAUUAUAUGAGGAAGGCGGGAGAGGUCACUUUCGCGGACGCACACAAGCACAACAAUCAAGGAAUUGUUGAGUUUGCUACUUACGAGGAUAUGAAAAAUGCCAUCGAGAAGCUUGAUGACACAGAGAUCAACGGUCGUAGGAUUAGAGUCGUUGAGGCUGUUAAGAGGGCCAGUCGGUCACAUUCGAGAUCUAGAUCUAGGUCACCGUUGGGUGGGGCGGAUAAUAGGUCCAGAUCAAGGGAUUAAGAAGGUACUUGAUCCAUUCCCACUUCUCCAUACAGUUCCACAAAACGAGAGUACACGACAAAAAAAAAUCACAGAAGAUUCAGUUUUUCCAUCCAGGGGGGUUUGAGUAUUGACCAGGCCAACGGACCCCAAAAAACAAAAUUGGACCCAAAAUCCCACUAAAUUUAUUUAAUUCACUUUGUUACAUUUCACGCCCACUUUAUGACCUACAACUAGAACUAACCAGGCCUUUUUAAACGGAUGGUAAAUAUCUUAUUUAAUUAAAAAAAAAAAAAACUAAAUAUCUGUGCUUGAUAAAAACGAAUCUUGCUUGUUAUAGGUCCAAUUUACCAAUUAAAACUAACCCGUGAGGCUGUCCGAAUAAAAAAAAAAGUCCCAAUUGGGGUUAAGCGGCUGCAUAAUUUUUCCUUUCCGUAACGGGGGUCCGUAACCGACACCAAUGCCAGCCAAAAAAUUAAUUUCCCAGGGACACUAUCUCCAUCAAGGUUCCAAUUUUGAGGGUGACACUGAGCUGCGGUAGCAUCUACCUUCAAAGUUGGAUCAAGUGGUUUGGAUCGAAAUUUCCAAAAAAAAAAAAACUGAAUAAGGGUUCUACAGAACGCAUCAAAUCCUGGAUGCAUAUGACAUUUUUUAAUUAAUUAGUAUGUAGAGUUUGUUUUGGUGGUAAAUAGGAAGUAAGGUAUUGAAUUUGAAAGGUUUUUUUGUUCAUAUGGGCCUGUUUGUGAAACUUGUCUCUGGUUUUUUAAUUUGAAGUAAGUGUAGAUACCAAAAAAGGGUUCAGACAAAAAUUUAAUAAUAUCUAAGUGAAAUUAUUUAUAUAUUCACCCUUUUUUCAAGUUUUUAAAACCGGUACUUUGAGGAAAAAAUUUAAUAACACAGCAUGAAUAUUCAGAUUUUUAGGCAAUGUUGCUGUCUUGUGAAAUAUACGCAAAUUUGAUAGAAAGAGA